UAAAACUUAGUACACGUAUAGUGACGAAAAGUCUUCGAUCCUUUUUGAAUGGCAGCCAGUGUUGUUAGCGCUAACGAGCGAACCAGUAGCAAGCUAGCCCGCUCGAUAGCUUGCUAGCCUGAUACUUUACAAUUAGCGUUAGCUAGGUGCGCAUACACUUAACCAAAGCUGUUAUCUCCCCCAAAACCAGGCAUGGUUUAACUACUGGACGCGUUGAGAUAACGCGUGCGUUCAGCCAACGCAAAGCUGGAUGCUCAAAAAAAUCGGCAGUUCGACUAUCGGGAUGGAUUCUGAGAUCUUGAAUAUAGAGGACAUAGUAAUGGGACGGAGCUUGCCAGAUCCGCCUCCAGAGAAGCCUCCUGAAAAGCCCGAGGAACCGUAUAAACCCAUUACUUUAAAUGGACCUCCCCCCACUGUUCCAUCCUACCAGCAUGAAAAUCUGCAAUGUUUCCAGUGCUUCAUUACGUUCUGCAGUGCCAAAGCCAAGGAAAGGCACAUGAAGAAGAGCCACAGAGAAGAGUAUAAGCAGCAGCUUCAGCAGGGAAACACAUUGUUCACAUGCUAUGUGUGUGAUCGCACAUUUCUUUCAUCUGAGGAACUGACGCAGCACCAGCCAACACACAGCAAGGAUGACAAACCCUUUAAAUGUGUUCAUUGUAAGGAGAGCUUUAAAACCUUCUCCGAACUCACAUCACAUAGAAGACAGGUGUGUCCAGAGAAACAGCUGGUAUGUAAAGAUUGCAAUGAAACUUUUCGGAGUGCUGGACUGCUGCGUACUCAUCGCCUGACCCAGCAUCCCCGCCCAGAUGUAGAGACUGCAGAACAGCCAGAGGACCAAACAAAAACCCAUCGCUGUAAGAAGUGUGGUCAGGGCUUUGAAAUGGAGUCAGAGCUAAUAGAGCACCAAGAGAAAUACCCUGAAGGUCAACAGUGCAAUGGCAGUGCUGCACCUGUGAAAAAACGUGGCCGGCCUGCCAAAACUGAAGAUCCGGCUGGUGUUGAGAAAAAGGGAAAGCGGAAAAAGAACGAAGAUGCAGAAGCAUGUGAGGAUCCGGUAAAACCCAGCAGCACAGAGGCCACUGCAACCCCAGCAGAGGAAAAAGGGAAAGCAGGUGGAGUAAAGCGAGGGCGUCCUUCAAAAGCAGCUGCAAAAUCAGAUGUAGAAGACAAGAAGACUUCUGAAGAUGACUGCCAAGCUCCGGCAAAGGACAAGAAACCCAAAUCAGAGCCUGCAACAGCACGUCAGCACCCCUGUUCUGAAUGCGAACUUGGGUUCUCCAGCUUGAUUCAGCUUCGUGCUCAUAAGAAGGAGAAACAUGCCCCACGCAAAGCCCAUGCGUGUGAUGAAUGUGAGGAGAGCUUCGCCCGUCCUGAGCAGUUGGACGCCCACAUGUCACGGGCUCAUGCUGUUGGUCGCUUGGCUUGUCCAACCUGCGGGAAGAGCUUUGGCCGUGAGCGCACCUUAAAAGCCCACCAGAAAAGUCACCCAGAGGAGAAGCCUGUCAACCCAAGUGCAAAGAGAUAAUUUAGAUAUGGGGACCUUGCAAAGCAGUGUAUGUUUUUUGAAGAUUUUAGUCAGGAUUUUUUUAACACUGGAGACGUGAUGCUCCAGGUAAUGGUUUCAGAUGAGUUUGGAAUGUUGACAAUGAUGUUUUAAAAAGAUAUGGUUUCAAGAUUGAUUUUAAAGAGUUCAAGAAACGACACAUCUUCUAAAUUGACUAACCAAAUGUUAAAAUUAUCUAUAUCAAUUGCUAUCAAAACAUACUUUAUUUGUACAAACAACAUUUUGAUUACCUUUUUUAAAUAUUUAGUUUCAGUUUUUUAAGCCUGAAAUGCGUGUGGUGUGGUAUGACUUUGUCUUGAACUGCUCAACUCACUGUGGUUAAAAAAAAAAUCUUUAGUUUUUUUUUUGUUUUGUUUUGUUUUUAAGUCAGAUUGGGUAAGUACAUAUUUUGAAGCAAGGUAGAUGCUUAGUAGAGAUACAAUGUUUGAAUGUGUAGACAGUUUGUCAAAAAAUGUUAUGUACAGCUUCUGGUUCAUAUUGUGCAUUUUUUACACUUGAUGCUUUGAUUCUGUUCCUUUCUAAAUUAAGUCUAUUUGAGAAGUUUUCCAAAUCUGGUAAUCAUGCUCAACUUAAAGCAUUUGGUGGGUGAGCAGAAAUGAUCCACUAUAAUUCUGAUUAGUUUUCUGGUAAAAUGUGCUUCUUUAUUUUUUUUUCACAUAUUAGAAUAAUAUUCCAUGUCUUAGACAUGUCUUAAAUGGCUCUAUAAUAAUAAAGCCUCAUAAGGAACUGUGUAUAUCAUGUGUUUAUUUACUGAUUGGAUUGUUUCUCCGCACUGAAACGUGUCUGGAAACGGUAAAAUGUAAUAAAACAUCCUAUCCAAAGGGAGGCUGCUCAAGAUA